GAUGAUCCUUGCUUGAGAGCAACUUGCAAGACACGCGCUUUGGAUGACUCCGGUAUUUGGAAAAGGGCGCUUGAAACAAGCAAACCUUCAGUGACGCAAUCUGACAGCAGUGGCUUGGGCACCGGCAUUGGCCUGCUUGGGUUGGGCGACCAGGACUAUGCCGUUGGCCAAGAGCUUUUCAAGCAGUUUGCAAAUGGCAAGUCCUUUGCGGACAAGAUGGCAGGAGAAUGGAGAGAUGCUCACUCCGAUGUGAAGGCAUGUUCUGCCCUGGACUUGCCUUCUGUGAACAUACCUCGGCAAUGUAGUAGUUUCUGUGUGACAACAGCCUUGGAAGAACACGGGGUAGACCGGGAGCUGUUCAAUCAAGUGAGGGGCUUGUUGCUCCAUGUCAACAGGGCAAUGCAGGACUUGUACAAAGCGAUGCGUAAGCAAAUCACGGGCAGCAUCCGCCAUCCUUUGCUAUUCAUUCGCGCGAUUACAGAAGAGAGAAGCACAACCCUCGGAUGGCUGCUCACACGGGCUGUGUUUAAGCCUAAAGCCAUUGAUGGCAUCGCCCUCAAGGUUCCUCUGCCAGAUCUGAAACCACUUUGUGAAGUGGAGUUGGCUGAUGUUGCUGUUGAGAAUUCUGAAUACUGUCUCCCGAACUUUGUUUGCAUCGAUGAAAUAUCUUUCACCGCUGCCCUGAUGAAGCAGCGCCUUCCUGGAAGUGCGUUGGAAUAUUGCUACAAUCCGCCAUAUGAUCUUGACUGCGCAAAGCCUUUGACAAAGCUUGUUCUUACAAAGCCAAUCAACUGGAUAGGAGGAGACACGUUUAGCAGUCAUGACUCAGAUGAUGAUGGUGAUGACACAAACGCCAAAACAGAAGAGGAGGAACUGUGCGAGAUUGACAGCAUGCUAGAUGAACUCCUGUCAUCUUUGG